AUUUCUUGCCAAUCUCUCACUCUCUCUCCCUUUCCCCCUCCUGUCUCUCCUAUUUUAUUCUAUUUUAUUUCUUGCCGAUCUCUCUCUCUCUCUCUCCCCCUCUCCCCCCCUCUCUCUACGGAGUUUCUUGCCAAUCUCUGUCUCUCUCUCUCUCUCUCUCUCUCUCUACUAUCGUAGAGAUUCUUGCCAAUCUCUCUCUCUCUACUAUUUAGUCUAUCUCUCUCUCUACUAUUUACUCUCUCUCUCUCUCUCUCUCUCUCUCUCUCCUAUUUUAUAGUAUUUUUCUUGCCACUCUCUCUCUCUCUCUCUCUCUCUCUCUCUCUCCCCCUUUCCCUCUCCUCUCUCUCCUAUUUUAUUUCUGGCCGAUCUCUCUCUCUCUCUCUACGGAGUUUCUUGCCAAUCUCGCUCGCUCUCUCUCUCCCUCUCCCUCUCCCUCUCCCUCUCUCUCUAUCUCUCUCGCUCUCUCUCUCUCUCUCUCUCUCUUUUGCCAGUCUCUCUCUCUCUCUCUCUCUCUCUCUCUCUCUCUCUCUCUCUCUCUAUCUCUAUCUCUAUCUCUAUCUCUCUCUCUCUCUCUCUCUCUCUCUCUCUCUCUCUCUCUCCACGCUCUUUUCUCUCACUACCCAUCCAGAUUUCUUCCUUUUCCCCAACACCCUUCCCAAAAACUCUUGUAUCUUAACCUGCCCAUAUGUGAUUCACCAGAGGAAAAAAAUGGGAUUCUCAAUUUCUCUUCGGUUCUUGUUAGGGUUUUCUUAAUGCCAGUUGAGUGGAGUACUGUCUCGCUUGGUAAAUACACACACAAGUAUGUCGAAUUCCAAAAGGCCUCACUUCCUUGAGGGUUUCAACCCUGCUUCAAGCUCUGAACGACUGAAUAUUCCACCAGGAUUCAUUAAAUAUCUGGAAGGGAACACAUCUGGGACUGUUAUAUUGGUGGGUCCCAGCGGGAAUAUUUGGCAUGUUGAGUUGAUUCAAGACAAUGAUAAUCUAUUUUUUGGUGAUGGAUGGGCAGCAUUUGUGCAAGACCACUUCGUAGAACAUGGUGAUUCUUUGGUAUUCAGAUACGAUGGUAAUUUGUGUUUCAGUGUGCAAAUUUUCGAUCAAAGUUCAUGUGAGAAAGAAGCUGCAUUUAGUGCUGAGUGCAGUCAAGAUCUCAGCAACUCUGAUAAGCUUCUGGGAAGGAAGAGAGAAAGGGUCGAUGGAGCUUUUUCUCUAGAUGCUAUUUUUCAAGGGGUGCCAAAGAAAGCAAGAGGAUUUCAAGGCAAUUCAGAAUGCUUAGCUAAGAACCAGGAAGAAGGAUGGCAACAUGAUGGGGUGGCAUCUGCAACUGAAAUGUGCCAAGCAGCCAUAUAUGCUCAUGAAGCCAGAAACUGCUCCAGUCCAUCAAAUAAUGCUUUUAGCUUUGCUAUGCCACUUCAGUCAAGAGUUUUGGAGGACAACCCAGCAGGGGCAGUCAUUCAGAACAGAAAUGGGAAGGAAAGCGAAUUAAGUUCAUCUGUUAGAGGUUCUAUGCUAAUUUUGUCAGCAUCUGAGGCAGAAGGACUAGCUCGGUCAUUUACCUCUGUUUAUCCCCAUUUUACAAAAACUAUGAAAAGGUUCAAUGUCAGUGGUUCAUACACUCUGAAUGUCCCGUAUCAGUUCUCCACUGCACAUCUUCCAAACUGUAAAGUGAAAGUUGUACUUGUUAAUUUAAAAGGAGAAGGCUGGAUUGUGAAUUCAAUCCCAACUGUAAAAGUGCACAUGUGUCAUACUUUAUGCGGAGGAUGGAUGGCUUUUGUCCGUGAUAAUAACAUCAACACAGGAGACGUCUGUAUUUUUGAACUAGUAGGGAAGUGUGAGUUGCGUGUAUAUAUUCUCAGGGUAGGACAAGAAGGGUUAGAGUGUCAAAAUGGUAAAGCAGCUGUAAAGGGUUCGGCCAAUGUGUGUGGUGCUACUUCACAUAAGAAUUCUGAAGCUUUUCCAAAGAAAAAGAGACGCAAAACUCGUAAGGUCCUGUUACAGCGGAUAAACAAGGUUGAAAUAUCAGAUAAGAGAACUUCUAUCCUGGAGGAGUUAAGUCUGGGCAAAAGAAAUCAAGAGACAGGUGUCAACAAUGACAGAGCCAAUGGUAGACCAUCAAAAGCUUGCAGUGGAAAACUCGUUGGGAACAAAAUUGGCCUAGAAGAGAAACCAGGUUCUUACAUGAGAAUUUGUAUGUCAAUGAAGUCUGCUCCUGAAGAAAAAAGAGCUGCUGAAUCUUUUGUUUCCAGCUUGCCUCAUUUUAUCAGAGUCAUGAAAAAAUUCAACAUCAGUGGUUCAUAUACGCUGAAAAUUCCCUAUCAGUUUUCCAUGGCACACCUUCCUGAUUGCAAAACAGAGAUUAGCCUUCGUAAUUUAAGAGGACAAUGUUGGACAGUGAAUUCAGUCCCAUCCACAAGAGUGCAAACAUUGCAUACGUUCUGUGGAGGAUGGAUGGCAUUUGUUCGUGAUAAUGACAUUCAAAUGGGAGAUAUCUGCAUUUUUGAACUUAUUGGCAAAUGUCAAAUGCUUGUGCACAUAUCUGGCGGUGGGAACAAUGGGCUAGAGUAUCAAAGUGGAAAAGCAGCUUCUAAUGACUUAACUCUUGCCACUUCUGUUGUCAACCGUCCUUUCUUGUGAGACCCAUUGAAUUGAGCUGUCAAUGGUCAUAUUGUGGACGGGCUUUCCUUUUUUGGAUAUGAUGGGAAGAAAGAAGUACUAUAUGCAUAUUUGAGCAGUGUAAUAGGAAGUUUCAAUCCAUUUGUAACACAAGUGGAAGGGAAUACUGACAAGAAAUUUGUAAGUAGGUUGUAUGCAUUGGCAGUUGUCUAGUUCAAUGGUAUCGGACUCCCAAGUCUUAUGUUUAUGCCUUUCGAUGUACCUGUGUAGAUUGGUGUCUAUUGAUCCAGGGUGCACAGUCAGUGGCCCCAAAUGCUCUAGAACGCUAUCCAACACCGAGUAAUGUUCUACGAGAUGUAUUUGAACUCAUGACCAAGUUAGCAUUUUGAACAGCUUCAUAUGGAACCAUUGAUCUCGCCAUAUUUUUUGCGUUUGGCCUUGAUAAGGCAAGCCUAGCACUGGCAAAUGCAUUCUCAAAUUGUUUGAACUCUUAUCUUGAACGACAUGCAUUGCUAGUGACAUGCAUUUUUGCAUGCCCUGUGAAAGGAGAGUGCAAGCACUUUGUGAAUACAUUUGCGAGUGCUGGGCUUCCCUUAUCAGGGCCAGAAAGAAGCAAAAAAUAGGGUGAGAUCAACGGUUCCAUAUGCAGCUGUUCAACAUGCCAGUUGGUCAUCGGUUCAAGUGCAUUUCUGGAGCAGUGCAAGAUGUUGGAUGGUGUUCAUAUGUUCAUCAACAUCAGAAUGUUUAGCACCAGCUGGAUUUUGUAAACUGCUAUUGUUGUACAAGUAAUUGUUAUGUCGAGCAAUUUGUUUAAUCCUUCUCAAA